GCGCCUGUCAGUUGUAAGAUAUUUGGAGAAGAUGAUUCCACCUGGAGACUGUCUGUAUGCUGGGAGAAAGAGGAGAAAACCUGUGCAGAAACAGAAACCAGAGAAAGCAGAUCAGAAAUCGAAUCCAUCCAAGCGGCACCGUGACCGUCUGAAUGCAGAGCUGGACCGGCUGGCGAGUCUCCUGCCGUUCAGUGCAGAGGUCAUCACUAAACUGGACAAACUGUCAGUGCUGAGACUCAGCGUCAGCUUCCUGCGGGUCAAGAGCUUUUUUCAAGCAGUUCAGGAGAAAGAAAAUCACAGCGCUGAUGUUUCACCCACAGAGACGAGGAAAGAAGUUCAGCCGUGUGUGGUAGAGAGUGACCUUCUCCUGCAGUCUCUCUCUGGAUUUGCACUAGUCGUGAGCUCAGAUGGCAUCAUUUUCUAUGCAUCAUCUACUAUCAUUGACUACCUGGGAUUUCAUCAGACGGAUGUGAUGCAUCAGAAAGUCUUUGAUUAUAUCCAUGUGGACGAGCGUCAGGAGUUUCGGAAACAGAUCCACUGGGCGAUGAACCCCGGCCAGCAGGACACUGAUGAGGAUGUUGUGACGGCUCAUCUGUACAGCGCUGAACAGCCUGACGGUGUUUCUCCUGAAUUGACUCCGUUUCUUACGAGAUGUUUCAUUGCUCGAAUGAGAUGCCUGCUGGACAGCACCUCCGGCUUCCUGAACAUGCAGUUUCAGGGCAGUCUGAAGUUCCUGCAGGGUCAGAGGAGGAGGACGCUUUCUGGAGCGCUGCUGCCACCUCAGUUGGCUCUGUUCUGUGUGGCUGUUCCUCUAGUGCUGCCCUCCAUCACAGAGCUCAGGAUGAAGAGCGUGACGGUCAAGUGCAAAAACAGAAGCUCUGGCUGCAGUGAGAAAAGGCAGCGAGCUCCCCGAGGGUCAUAUGACAGUGAAGACGAGCUGCGUUAUAACUGGAUGAGCACUUUUUCUCAGGACGCUUCAUGGGCAUACAGCAGAAAAUACAGAGGAGACGCCUGCAAAACUCAAGACGAGCCUCUCAACUCGCAUGUUUCCACUUCAGUGUCCUCUAAACUGCAGACGGAUGAUGCAUCAUGGGAUGCCCGCUGUCCUGUUGCCUUGCGCACAGACUCCAACGAAAACUACCAACCGGGAAGCUUCCAAAAACACAACUACUCUGUUAAAUUACGAAUUGGUUGCAACUCACAUUUACAGAAGUAUGAAGUGGAUGAUGAGAAAAGAUAUAUGAUGCAAAAUGAAGCUUUUAACACACUCCCCGAAGCCGCCAUCAAAACCGAACAAGAUUCUGACUCUGAAAAUGGGUGUAAUGCAUACGGGAUGCUCUGGCGCCCUGAUUACACGCAGGUGAAAACCGAGCCUGAGUAUUAUGACUACUGCAGCUUCUAUCAAAAAGGUAAAACCACCGUCAGUCCUUACACCAAUGGACACCACAAGUAUCUGUGUGCAGGAGUGAGCAGACCCCGAAAGUGUGUCCUGUAUAAAGACCUGAAUCACUCGGAUGUGCCGAUCGGGAAUCAAGACGGAUAUAUGUUCACUAAUGAGCAUAAAAACAACAUGCAGCGGCUGGCUUAUGAGUUUAGAGGUCAUAACCGGGUGCACAUAAUCAAACAAGAACCUGAUGAUUCUCCCGUUUGGUGUCCUGAGGUUAUUCAAGGACACGUGCAACACAAUAUCCCUGCAAAUUGCACUGUGAGCAACGUUGUGCUCAAAGGAAACCCAUAUGUUCACAUGCAAUGACCAUAUUGACUGACUGUUGCUUGCAA